AUGCAUAGAGUCGGCUUGAAACAAUGGGGCUUCAAGGGAAACGAUAAUUUGAAAGCGGCCGAAUCUGGUAUCACUAUACGAGGCGUUGUUAACGAUAUCAAGUCGAAUCUCAAUUCAUCGGAUUCGAGGCCCGUUAUUCAUCUUGGCAAUGGAGAUCCUUCUUCUUUUUGUGGCUUUCGAACCACUUCGAUAGCUGAGGAUGCUGUAGAAGCCUCUUUGCGAUCUGCUAAAUUUAAUGGUUAUGCUCCCUCUGUUGGCCUUCUACCCGCUAGAAAUGCUGAUUUUUUAUUUUUAUUUUACAAAUAUAGGGCGGUAGCUGAGUAUCUAUCGAAGGAUCUUAAAGACAAGAUAACAUCAAAUGAUGUUUAUCUAACAAUUGGUAGCUCACAAGCAAUUGAAGUUAUAUUAUCAGUACUUUCAUGUCCAAAAGCAAACAUCCUUCUUCCAAGACCAGGCUACCCCAUGUAUGAAGCCCAUUCAGCAAUAUGUCAUCUUGAAGUUCGUCAUUUUGAUCUUAUACCAGAGAAAGAUUGGGAGGUUGAUCUUGAUCAAGUUGAAAAUAUUGCAGAUGAAAACACUGUUGCUAUUGUUAUUAUUAAUCCUGGAAAUCCUUGUGGAAAUGUCUUCACAUACCAACACUCGAAAAAGAUUGCUGAGACGGCACGAAAAUUAGGAAUAUUGGUAAUUGCUGAUGAAGUCUAUGGUCAUCUUGCAUUUGGGAGUAACCCUUUUGAACCUAUGGGAAAUUUUGGUUCGAUUGCGCCCGUGAUUACGGUUGGCUCAAUAUCUAAGAGGUGGAUAGUUCCCGGUUGGCGGUUAGGUUGGCUCGUGACGAAUGAUCCACAAGGCAUUCUUAAAAAACAUGGGAUUAUUGAUUCUAUUAAUGGAUUCAUGAAUAUUUCUUCUAAUCCAACAACUCUUAUUCAGGGAGCUCUUCCUCAAAUCCUACUUAGGACAAAUGAUGAUUUCUUUUCUAAUAUUAUUGAUAUCUUGAGAGAAGCAGCAAAUGUUUCCUAUCAUUUUAUAAAGAAUAUUCCUAGCAUCACUUGUCAUAACAAACCAGAAGGCUCCAUGUUUAUAAUGGUGAAAAUCGAUGUGUCGAUGCUAGAUGACAUAUUGGAUGACAUGGAAUUUUGUACAAAACUAGCUAAUGAAGAAUCUGUAGUGAUUUUACCAGGAGUUGCGGUGGGAUUGAAGAACUGGUUGCGGAUAUCAUUAGCCAUAGAUCCAGAAUCUCUUAUAGAAGGCCUUGGCAGAUUGAAAGAGUUCUGCAUGAGACAUGCCAAAAAGAAAUGA